ACGUGCGUAGAAGCAGCUAUACUUUCUGGCUUCUUCAUUCAUUUUCGACCAGAAAUUGCAGGACCCAUUAUUAUUAAUAUAUAUAAACGAAGCCCUCUUUGAGAUUGGAAGAAAUUAAAAAGAAAGGGAAAAUUUUGGAAUGGAGAUGUCAAGUGGAGGAGGAGGAAUGAGCAGUGCGAUAGAAGAUGUGAUAAUAAUGGGAGGAUUGAUCGGAGUGCAAUUUGUGUAUGCCGGCAACGCUGUGCUUAUGAGUUUUCUUAUGGCUUUGGGUCUCACCCCUCUCACCCUUGUCAUUUUCACUUCCUUCGCCACCUUCCUCGUUCUUCUACCCUUUUCCUUCUACUUUGAAAGGACUAAAUGGCCCAGAAAAUUCAGUCUCAAGUUUGUUAUCCAGCUAUUGGUGCUUUCGUUUGGAGGGGUAACUUUGUUCCAGUCGUUAUUCCUGAGGGGAAUCAAUCUAACUUCGCCAGCAAUGGGAACUGCCAUGCCCAACCUUGCCCCAGGUCUUAUCUUUAUCAUCGCAUGGACUUUUGGGUUAGAGAAAGUGGACCUAAGUUGUACGUAUAGUAAAGUGAAGAUUAUAGGGACAAUGGUGUGCAUGAUCGGAGCUUUCACAAUGAGCAUAAUGCAAAGCGUAACGCCUCAUGCAGCCACAGCCACGGACACACAGUCUUCUCAGUCACCACAUACUCACAAUUCCACCUUUGACUCUGACAAAAUCAUUGGUUCUCUCUACCUCAUGGCUGCUGUCUUCAUGUUAUCCUGCACUAUUGUCCUUCAGGCGUUUACAUUGGGAGAUUUCCCAGCACCCAUGACAUUAAGUGCAUUGACAUCCUUGUUAGGAGCCAUAACCACCAUCAUUGCUCAGUUGCUCGAGCAGCGCUCUUUUGACACUUCCUCCUUUGUCAACUUUGGAGCCCUCGCCUCUUAUUCUUUGCUGUCAGGUGGGUUGGGUGGAAUAUGCCUAAGCUUCAAUGGAUGGGCUCUUAAGAAGAGAGGUCCUGUCUUGGUCUCUAUGUUCAGCCCUGUUGCUACUGUCUGCUCCCUCCUCUCUUCUCUUACUCUUGGCUAUUCCACUAAUCUUGGAAGCAUUGCGGGGAUGUUUCUGAUGUUCACGGGGCUCUACUUUGUGCUGUGGGCAAAAGGAAAAGAAGGUUACGCUAACUUUGAUUUUGGCUCAGAGAAAACAUAAAAGGAUGAUCUCACCGACGUACGUACGAUAUACAAGUUUCUUGCAUUUGGAAGGGAUUGCAACUUUACAGCUAGAAAACCCAUUUGAGUUAACACUCAAUUCGCUACUUUAAAAAUGAUAUGAAGCGCAGAAGAUCGAUCUUGUUGUUCAUUGUUCAUACCAUUUAAUCUGUUAAUCCGUCUUGCAACCUCAUCACCAAAAUCAACGUAGGGUUGGCAUACAUGUGUAGGAGUUUCUAACCUUUGUUUUUGGAGGGGGGUUAAUUUGUCUUGGUUAGGUUAGUUACGUUCCUUAACAAUAUCACCCAAGCUAAGUGUGGUGAUAAGAAUUUUAUUAUAUAUACUCAUUUAUAAUUAUAAUUUUUCAGAGUA